AUGUUGUUUGGACGGCGAAAACCUCCCCAAGAGAUGCUUCGCCAACAUCAGCGAGCACUCCAAAAAGCUCAACGUGAACUCGAUAGGGAACGAGUCAAACUUGAAACUCAAGAGAAAAAGUUAAUACUCGACAUUAAGAAAGCUGCCAAGGCGAAUCAAAUGAGUGCAUGUAAGAUUAUGGCAAAAGACUUGGUGAGGACACGGAGGCACGCAUCUAAAUUUCAGGCCAUGAAAACCCAGUUGCAAGGCGUAGGAUUGAGAAUUCAGACGCUUCGAUCCAAUCAGCAAAUGUCCGAAGCAAUGAAGGGCGCAACUAAGGCCAUGAAGUCAAUGAACCGUCAAAUGAAUCUUCCACAAAUCCAAAGGAUUAUGAUGGAUUUUGAAAAAGAAUCGGAGAUUAUGGACAUGAAGGAGGACAUGAUGAACGACGUUAUUGAUGAUGUUAUGGAUGAGGAAGAAGACGAAGAGGAGAGUGACGAAAUUGUUAAUCAGGUGUUGGAUGAGAUUGGCAUUUCCUUGAAUCAGGCGCUGGUCGAUGCCCCAACUUCAAUUGAAAAAAUCGGUGCAUCGGAGAGAGUUACCGAGACCGAAAUUGAAGCAAAUAAUGAUAUGGCACUACAAGCAAGACUUGAUAAGCUGCGUCGAGAAUAG